GUUGUCAUCGUGCCCGGCUACGGCAUGGCCGUGUCCCAGGCGCAGCGUGCCGUCGCCGACAUCGCGAAGACCCUGGUGGAGAAGGACAUCAAGGUGAAGUUCUCGAUCCACCCGGUGGCAGGACGGCGCAUGCCCGGCCAGAUGAACGUGCUGCUCGCGGAGGCCGGCGUGCCGUACGAGUGGGUUCUCGAGAUGGACGAGUGCCAGGAGACGACAUGCCGAACGCCGACGUCUGCCUGGUCGUCGGCGCCAACGACACCACCAACAUGGCCGCGGAGACCGACGAGGACUGCUCCAUCUACGGCAUGCCGGUCAUCAAGGUGUGGGAGUCCAAGAAUUGCAUUUUCCUCAAGCGGUCCAUGGCCGGGGGCUACGCCGACCUGGAGAACCCGGUGUUCUUCCUCGAGCAGACGCAGAUGCUCCUGGGCGACGGGAAGAAGAGCUGCGAGGAGAUCGCCGCCGCGCUCCGCAGCAUCCGAUCUCUCCCCUCCGUGCUGAAGACGUUGGCGCUGCUCGCCGCCGAUGUGCAGGCGCGGCUGCCCGCCUCCGUGGCUCGGCUGCCCAGGCCGCCGUCCAACGAGGCUGCCACGCUCCGGCUCGAGCUCGGCUGCUUGACGUUCGAUGCCUCGGGCUCUUCCGUGGAGGAUCUCCCGGCACGGAUGCCUGGGGAGUUCCGGCCCUUGUCCCGGGGCCGGCACCUCUUGCCUGGGGCCUUCUCCCUCCCGGGCUGCGCUGGCGUGGUCCACCUGCCGAGCCGAUUCCCCGCCGCAUUCUCGACCGUGAGCGGCAGCGCAGGAGCGGGCGCCGGGGGCCCCGCGGGACUGCCGCGCCACCCGGCGCUGCCCGUCGGCGGAGGUGCCCGGACCUCGGCGCAGCCGGCGGCUCUCGGCGACGCAGGCGGGGGCCUGCCUCGGGCGAAGGGCCGAGAGACUCAGCAGCGCCAGCCCGACAUGGCCGAGGUCGAGAGGGCGCAGACGGCAUGGGCUGCCCGCGCCAUCGUCCCCGCACGCGCCGCGGAGGCCUGUGCGCGGCCUCGGCGGCGAGCGUUCGCGGCGGAGGCCACCCCUAUUGCCAACGGCAAGGUGUCGCAGGUCAUCGGAGCCGUGGUGGACGUGCAGUUCGAGGGGGCGCUGCCCCCGAUCCUGAACGCUCUCGAGGUCUCGGGCUUCGAGCACCGCCUGGUCCUGGAGGUGGCGCAGCACCUGGGAGAGAACAUGGUCCGCACCAUCGCCAUGGACGGCACGGACGGGCUCACGCGCGGCCAGGCGGUGCAGGACACCGGCUCCCCCAUCAAGGUGCCAGUGGGCGAGGGGACCCUCGGCCGCAUCAUCAACAUCAUCGGCGAGCCCAUCGACGAGCUCGGGCCUAUCGACACGAAGAAGUUCUACGCAAUCCACAGGCCCACGCCGACGUUCACCGAGAUGAACACGACGGCGCAGCAGUUGCUGACGGGCAUCAAGGUGGUGGACCUCCUUGCGCCUUACGCCAAGGGUGGCAAGAUCGGCCUUUUCGGUGGCGCUGGUGUCGGGAAGACCGUGGUCAUCAUGGAGCUCAUCCAUAACAUCGCCCUGAAGCACGGAGGCUACAGCGUCUUCGCAGGCGUCGGCGAGAGGACGCGUGAGGGGAACGAUCUGUACCACGAGAUGAUGGCCAGCGGCGUCAUCAAGAAGGACAAGGCCAAGGGGUCGAAGGCCGCGUUGGUGUACGGGCAGAUGAACGAACCGCCGGGAGCGCGAGCCCGUGUGGCGCUCACCGGCCUCACAGUCGCGGAGUACUUCCGCGAUGAGGAGGGCCAGGAUGUACUGCUCUUCGUGGACAACAUCUUCCGCUUCACCCAGGCUGGUUCUGAGGUGUCAGCGUUGCUUGGGCGCAUCCCUAGCGCUGUCGGCUACCAGCCCACGUUGGCCACAGACCUGGCAUCUUUGCAGGAGCGUAUCACCACCACUCAGAAGGGCUCGAUUACAUCAGUGCAGGCCGUUUACGUGCCCGCUGACGACUUGACUGAUCCAGCACCAGCCACGACCUUCGCGCACCUGGAUGCCACGACGGUGCUGUCGCGCCAGAUUGCGGAGCUCGGCAUCUACCCGGCGGUCGACCCCCUGGACUCCACCUCCCGCAUGCUGGACCCCUCGAUCGUCGGGCAGCGCCACUACGACAUCGCCCGCAGCACCCAGAAGAUCCUGCAGGACUACAAGUCCCUCCAGGACAUCAUCGCCAUCCUCGGCAUGGACGAGCUGAGCGAGGAGGACAAGCUCACGGUCGCGCGCGCUCGGAAGGUGCAGCGCUUCCUGUCGCAGCCCUUCUUCGUGGCCGAGAUCUUCACCGGCACCCCGGGGGCCUUCGUGGACCUCGAGACGACCAUCAACGACUUCGAGGAGGUGCUCUCGGGCGCGUGCGACGACAUCCCCGAGGCGGCGUUCUACAUGAUCGGCGGCAUGUCGGACGUCAGGGAAAAGGCGGCCAAGCUCGCGGCCAUGGCCGCCAAGUGA